CCUCCGGGCUGCUCAGGCGCCACCACUACUGUCCCCAACCCGCCCUGCCAGUCAGGCCAAAGGGCGGCGUGACUCACGGCGCUGCCACCAGCCCACGGCUUGCCCACGGCGUAUAAAGGCUUCCCCGGGCGGGAGGCGGCCGAGCCCUACCCGACCCGAGGUGUGCAGAGAGAACAUGGCACGAGACGGGGAGCGAGGCCCCCGGGGCGCGGGCUGGGGGAUGCGCGGAGCCCUGGCUGCCGUGGCGCUGCUCUCGGCGCUCAAUGCUGCGGGCACGGUGUUCGCGCUGUGCCAGUGGCGCGAGCUGAGCGUGGCGCUGAGGACGCUGGAGGCGCAGCGGGGCCGGGAGCAGCGCGAGGACAGCGCCCUGAGCGCCUUCCUUGCGGAGUUGAGUCGCGCACCGCGUCGAGCGCCCGCGCCACCCCCGGACCCCGGGAGCGCCGCGCGCAACAAGCGUAGCCACCGCGGGGAGCCCUCGCAGCACAUCCGCGCCGAGAGCCACGACAUGCUGAUGAUGAUGACCUACUCCAUGGUGCCGAUCCGAGUGAUGGUGGACCUGUGCAACAGCACCAGGGGUAUCUGCCUGACAGGACCACCUGGCCCACCAGGACCUCCAGGAACUGGUGGGUUACCAGGAUACAAUGGAUCAGAUGGACUGCCUGGUCCCCAGGGCCCAAAAGGCGAAAAAGGAGCAAAUGGAAAAAGAGGAAAAAUGGGGCCACCUGGAGCCACAGGAACUCCAGGGGAAAAGGGAGACCCUGGUGAGCUGGGCAUGCCUGGAAACGAGGGACCAGCAGGGCAGAAGGGGGACAAAGGGGACAAAGGGGACGUAUCCAACGAUGUGCUCACCACAGGCGCCAAAGGUGAUCAAGGCCCACCUGGCCCACCAGGCCCACCUGGGCCCCCAGGCCCUCCAGGUCCCCCAGGGCCCCCUGGAAGCAGAAGAUCCAAAGGCCUUCGGCAACCAAACAUGUUCAACGGCCAGUGCCCAGGUGAGACGUGUGCGAUACCUAACGAUGAUUCCUUGGUUGGAAAAGCUGGUGAGAAAGUCAGUGAACACCCACAAGCAGAAUCCACGAUCAAGUCCAUUGGAAAUCCAACACAGGUGUUAAAAGUUAAAGAGACCUUUGGGACUUGGAUCAGAGAGUCUGCUAUCAAGAGUGAUGAACGGAUCUGGGUGACUGAACAUUUUUCAGGCAUCAGGGUGAAGGAAUUCGAAGACCAGCCCUCACUGCUGAACGGCAGUUACACACUCAUCCACCUCCCGUAUUAUUUCCACGGCUGCGGGCACACGGUCCACAACAACUCUCUCUACUACCACAAAGGAGGCUCCAACACCAUCGUGAGAUUUGAAUUUGGCAAAGAAACAUCCCAAACUCUGAAGCUUGAAAACGCCUUAUAUUUUGAUCGAAAAUACCUCUUUGCAAAUUCCAAGACAUACUUCAAUUUAGCUGUAGAUGAAAAGGGCCUUUGGAUUAUCUAUGCUUCCAGCGUGGAUGGCUCGAGCAUCCUUGUAGCACAGCUGGACGAGAGGACCUUCUCUGUGGUGCAGCACGUCAACACCACGUACCCCAAAUCCAAGGCCGGCAAUGCCUUCAUUGCCCAAGGGAUCCUCUAUGUCACGGACACCAAAGAUAUGAGGAUAACAUUUGCUUUUGAUUUGUUAGGAGGGAAACAGAUCAAUGCCAAUUUCAAUUUAAGAACUUCCCAGUCUGUUCUUGCCAUGUUAUCAUACAAUAUGAGAGACCAGCAUUUAUACUCGUGGGAAGAUGGCCAUUUAAUGCUUUAUCCCGUACAGUUUUUGUCAGCUACAUUAAACCAGUGAUGGGAUACAUUCUCUUCCCUUCAGUAAAUUUCAGAUGUUCUCUGGCACCAUUUAUACCCCAACAGGAAACUUGCCUUUAAGAAUAGCCAGGUAACUUACUUGUCAUAAUGUCAUGACAUGGGUGUUUAUGUGAUUAGUGACCACCCCCUCCUUUAAAUUCAGAUCUGUAGGGGAAAAUAACAGAUUGGAAAUCAAAAUGGCUGAGAUUGGGUGAUUCUUUCAUAAACUAGCUGAGCAAGUGCUCUCUCCCUCUCUGGGUCUUGUUUCCCCCACUGUUAAUAUGAAAUGGCUGGCUAAGAUGAUUGGGUAAGUUCUCCGCUACCUGGAGGGAAUCCUGUGAUUCUUAGCUGUUGCUGCUCUCCCAACUUUUAAUCUGUUUGGUUUUUCCUGGCUUUUAGCCACAGGCUGAGUUGAUCAUUCCGAUUGCUUGAGUAAUGAAUUCCUUAGUGCUGACUUAACAUUUAGUGCCUUGGAAGCUGCGCUGGCCCUUUAAGGCUAUUGAGGUCCCUUAUUAUCCCUAAUUUAUUCUGUUUCUCUGCAUCUGCACAGGCCACCUCAGCGCCAGAAUGGCCAUUAUCCUCAGCUCCUGAUUAUCACUCCUAGAUUAGCAAAAAC